CUACCCACACAUCUGUUUAAAUAUGAGCCUAAUUGCUUUCUGAGAGUUCACAUCUGACUUUUGAGGACAUCAUGAAGACAUUGACUGGCUUGCUUCUUGUGGGUCUUUUAGCCCUUUGGAUAGGAUUACCCUCUACGUCUUCCAAGAUUCUGUUUGGAUGUGGUAUUUCCCCAGGAAAUCCAUUUCCGUGCUCUUUACCUGGAAUUAAUCGUUGCAAGAGUGAUUACGACUGCCCUCAGACCCUACGGUGUUGUAAUUUCAAAUGUAGCAGAAGUUGUAGAGUCCCACCAGUGCUUCCUUGGAGUUGCCCACGAAAUCCAUUUAAAUGCACCAUCCCGGGAAUACAUCGCUGUCGUUAUGACUAUGAUUGUCCAGGAAGACAAAGGUGUUGCUACUACAAUUGCUCUAAGAUCUGUAAAUAAGGCCAGAAUUUGACUUGGAUGACCAGAGAUUGCUUUACAUUGAAUCAAAGUUACAUAUUAAGGCAAUGUACCAAAGAAAUCGAUCUUGGUUUGCCUGUUUAUGGAGAAGAUGACACAGUUGCCAGCAAAGUGCUUCUUUAUAUCAUUCUUGAAUUCCUUCUCAUGAGCAAUGGUUAAAAAUAUGUGCACCCAUCUAGCCGGUUAUGUUUUUUUGGGUUUGAAAUCUAUUAUAUAAACCUAAAAAUAAAAUAGGAUUUCCAGUCCACCUCACAAAAACACAAUUCCUGAAUGUAUCUCUGCAACAGCAACUUUUUGAUCAUUUCAGAACUGAUGGAUAGUUUAUUUUCUUCUGCUGUCCAUUUUUAUGGUUAUAAAACUUUAACCAAGUCCAUAAAUUGCAUUAAAUAAUUACUUGGUUUAUUUGACUUUGAUAUGGCAUGAUGUAUGAGAUUGGUAAGUUAUGUGUGGAUUCAGCCUAUUUGAUAAAACCUGGAUAAAACAAACCAUGAUUUUGCUUGUUGGGUGAAAGCAUACUAGCAAUAGCACUUAGACUUAUAUACCGCUUCAUACUGCUUUACAGCCCUCUCUAAGCGGUUUACAGAGUCAGCAUAUUGCCCCAACAAUCUGGGCCCUCAUUUUACUGACCUCGGAAGGAUGGAAGGCUGAGUCAACCUUUGGCCUGGUGACAUUCGAUCUGCCAAACUGCUGGCAGCCGAUGAUCAGCAGAAGUAGCCUGCAGUACUGCACUCUAACCACUGUGCCAUGGCAGGUCAUCUAAAAGCAAAGAAUAGAAAAAAGCAGAUACAGUGCAACCUUGAUUUAACAGACCCUUAUUUAACACACUUUGAAUAGAACAUACCAAAUAUUCUUCCCAUAUAUCUCCAAAACAGCACGUUUGUUUCAGAGAUAACACUAUGCAAAUGGUAAUCAUUCACGUGAUUAUGUUAAUAAUAUAAAUUUGUCCACAUGAUAAAAAAAAUCAUCAUUUGCAUAAUAACACAAUUAAGUGAAUGAUGUAAAUCAUUGCAAAUGAUGUAAAUCACUGCAAUGACUUAUUUUUGAAUUUAACAGAUAGCCAAGUCUGAUAGACAGCCCUCCCCACAAACAGUCUUUUAAAAUGAGAUUUCACUCUGUAUUUAUAAUGCAAAAAAUAAUAUUGUAAUUAUAAUUCACCAUAUAAUUUUGAUGCUACAAAUAAUAUCAGUUUAUAAAUAAAUGAGUUUGAAAACUUUUUUCUGCAAUAUA